AUACAUAGCGAAGUUAACCUUUUGUCCACACCGAUUACGCUGAUAUAAGUAUGACACAUGUCAACAAAUCCAAAAGUAUUAAAAAUCAAAAAAUAAACUUUGUUAAUGUUUCUUAAAUAAAGUGUACUUUUAUAAGUAAAUUAACUAUGGAAUCAACUAGUACAAAUACAGAAGAGGAAAAUUCAUUAGUCACUGACUAUUUAGCAGCAUAUCAUGAAGUAAAGUUCUCUGGAGACAAUGAUCCUGCAGAUACUUUUAGAAUAUUAAUGGCAAUGAAAUAUCACGUUGCAAGGAGAGAAUCUGAUGAAUUAGCUAUGCAACUAAUGGAUCAUGCUUUAGAUGAAUAUUCAACAUUAAUGGAAGAGCAUGGCCAUUAUUCGACUAAUAAUCCAGACUUUGAAAAGAAAAUAGUUCUUGAAUCAGGAAUAAAGCAUAUCGAUGAUAUCAGCCAAUUUAUCAAGCCUCUACCUUGUCAAACAGACAAUUCAAAAAGUUGUACGGAUAUCGACCUCACAGAUCGUGACAUUGAAGAUUUAAUGGAAUAUUGGAAUGGAAAAAAAGAAUCUCCAAGACGUAGGAAAGUAUCUCAAGGUCGUGUACAAGAUGUUCAAAAUGCUAAAAGUAGUUUUUCAGCUGCUUCAUCAUCAAGAACUGCUGCUGUAACAGCUCCAAGUGCCACAACAGCAGAAAGUAUCCUCAAGAAGCAUGAAAAACGUCAACAGUUUGCAAAUUUAUAUCAAAAGUAUUCUAAAUUUAACAAACAUCCGUAUAAUGAAGAUUAUAAUGAGGAUUUGAGAGAUGAAAGAAGACAAGAAAAGUCUCAACAAUUUACAAACUCCCAUCAAAGGUCUUCUAAAUUCAAUAGGAAUCAAUACGAUGAAGAAGAAAAUGAUGAUCUCCAGAAAGAUCGCAGGAAUUUGGUUCCAUUCAAAUCAGCUAAAGAAUUGAAUUCACAGCAAAAGAGUUAUAAAAAAACACUAGGCGGUAAACCAAGUGCUAACUCUCAGUAUGUAAAUCCAUUCAAGCGUGAGAAAGAAAAAGAAGAUAAACAGCCUGAAAAAUCAACAGACAUAGAAGAUGAGCGACUGAAAAAUAUUGAUCCUAAAAUGAUUGAGUUAAUAACCAAUGAAAUUAUGGAUUCAGGAGCUUUAGUAACUUGGGAUGAUGUAGCUGGCCUUCAAGAUGCUAAAAGAAUUAUAAAAGAAAUUAUAGUCUUUCCAAUGCUACGUCCUGAUAUUUUUACUGGACUUCGUCGUCCCCCAAAAGGAAUGUUACUUUUUGGACCUCCAGGUACUGGAAAAACUCUGAUAGGCAAGUGUAUUGCAUCUCAGAGUAAAUCAACAUUUUUUUCAAUAUCAGCCAGCUCGCUAACAUCAAAAUGGGUUGGAGAGGGUGAAAAGAUGGUUAGAGCUUUAUUUGCCGUAGCAAGAGUUCAUCAACCUUCAGUAAUUUUUAUAGAUGAAAUUGAUUCUUUAUUGACUCAGCGAUCUGAAACUGAACAUGAAAGUUCUCGAAGAAUAAAAACAGAAUUUCUAGUUCAACUAGAUGGUGCUACAACAGGAGAUGAAGAUAGAAUUCUUGUUAUUGGUGCUACUAAUCGGCCUCAAGAACUUGAUGAGGCUGCGAGAAGACGAUUUGUUAAAAGGCUAUAUGUUCCUCUGCCUGAAUUCGAAGCUAGAAGACAGAUUGUGGAGAACUUAUUAGCUAAUGAAAGACAUGAACUUACUAAUGAAGAUAUUGAUAAAAUUGCUGCCAUGUCUGAAAAUUAUUCUGGUGCAGAUAUGACGAAUUUAUGUAAGGAAGCUAGUAUGGGCCCAAUUAGGAGUAUUUCUUUUGAGCAGUUAGAAAAUAUUCGUAAGGAAGAUGUUAGAUGUGUUACGGCUGAGGAUUUUGAAAAUGCUCUAUGUCUAGUUCGACCAAGUGUUUCUCAAGCAGACCUUGGAGUUUAUGUUCAAUGGGAUGCUACCUACGGCAGUGGUACUGCUGAGAAUAAAUCAAAAUAAUAUGUAUAUUAAUUAAUAAUUGUAUAGAACUAAAUAAUUUUUUUUUAUAUUUUUAUAAAACUAA